UUAUUCCCUCCUUCAUUCUUCACAGUUAUGGUUCACUUGAUGGUGCACCUUGUAGAAGAAGCUAAACUUGGAGGCCCUGUCCAUUAUAGAUGGAUGUACCCUAUUGAGAGGUAUUUAGGACACUUGAAGUCAUAUGUACGUAACAAAGCACAACCAGAAGGAUCCAUAGCGCAAGGAUACUUAAUGGAAAAAAUUCUUACAUUUUGCUCCAGAUAUUUAGAGAACAUUGAGACUAGAUGGAAUCGACCUCGCAGAGUUGAUGAUGAACCAACCCAUGAAGAAUCAAAUCCUUGGUUAGAUACUUUGUUUCCUAAAGUAGGUAAACCACUUGGUGUUUCCUCAUAUUUCACUUUAACAGCCACCGAGAAGUUACAAGCUCAUAGACAUGUGUUAACUAAUUGCUCCAUAGUUGACAACUAUCUCCAGGAGUUUAGAAAUAUUGUACAAAAGUAAUUAAGAAGUCGUACAAGAAAUACAUCAGAGAUAGACAAGAAAGUUCAUAGAGAGUUUGCAAGUUGGUUCUCUACCCGU